AUGGCCGACCCUCCGUCUCUCCUCACGAUGCCUGUCGAAAUUCAGUUGGAGAUAUGCGAUCACCUUUUGCAGAGUACCACUCGGACGAAACAGCCCAAACCCGGCAUUGGCACCUGGCAAAGCACGAUGGAAAACUACUGUGCUCUCGGGAGCCUCUCGCUCACCUGCAAGCAUUUUCGAAAGAUCACAGCCCCCCUGCUUUAUCGGCGUGUCAGGGUCUCCAUCCGCAAGCCCGCCGCCUUCAUUCGGCUCAUCAGGCGCUUCUCGCAGUUUCCCGGCUGCGCAAAACUCGUCAGCGAGCUCACAAUCCACAGCGGCCGGGCCGGUUCUGCUCUCUCGAGAUCGCAGAAGAACUUUCUAUUUCGAGAGGCACAUCGCUUGGGGCUCAGAUUACUGAUUGGAGGCAAUGGCCUGUCCAGUCAGCUCGAAUCAAUCCUCAUUGACGUGGCCUUGUGCCGACUUUCCACCAUUAGAAAGCUCACCCUUUCCCUACCCGGGACGACAACGACCGAGGAGGGACAGUUUCCUCCCCCGUUGAACGAAUCUGAUGUGGAGAGCCAUGAGCCUUUCGCGUUCCGUUACGCGAACCGCUUUCCCGCUUUCUUUGCUCUGAGCUCCCUGCAGCGUCUCGAGGCUUAUCCCAUGACCUUCAACGAGACUGCCACAGACAAAUUGCAUUCGGAGUCUUUGGCCGCCCUUCUGAGCCGUACGCCGGCGCUCACCCACCUGAAAAUCGGGCGCUGUGAUCAAGGAACGUCGGGACACGGGAUCAUCCAAAAUCUCUUACCGCAGCUGAGAGACAUCCAUCUUGUCGAUGCUCUGGACAAGGAUCUCGCCGCGAUCAAAACCUUUUGCCCUCAGCUCGAGAGAUUCCGCCUCGGGGAGGAUGGCCGCGGCUGUUCCCCAAUGCAGAGCAUUUUCAUGAUGCUCGGCAUCACGAACUCGACAUCGACCCUGGCGUCUGGGCAGCCUCGACCCUCCAUCACCCCAAGUGUUUUCAAGGCUUUACUGCCGAUGAAGGGGACUCUCCACGAUUUUGACCUCGACUGUGACACCUUCCGCGCCCAAACGAUUCGAGACCUAACUCAUUUGGCUCACUUUCGAGCUCUCCGGUCGCUACGGCUAGUCUUUGGGACAUGGCCGACAGGGGAUAAUGCCGCCCUGAUUCGCAAGCUUUCACCUGAUCUCGAGUCCCUGUGUCUCGGGGGAGGCGAGAUCCCGGUAUACGACAUCGCCGUUUUGCUUAGCGAGCGUAUUCGAGAGGGUCGGCUUUCGAAACUGAAGCGGUUCGAGUACACGCUCCUCCGAAACCCGGCUGAAGAGCUUAUUACGGGUGCACCGCCGUCUUUGAAUCAUGAGAUGUCGCAAAAGGUUGCGGCAGUUUUGAAGGAAUAUGGUGUCUACUGUGUCCAGAGGCCGUAUCCUCCGCCCAUGGACACCGCCUAG